AUGAUGAAGUUGAGACAGAAGGUGGAGGAGAAUUCACAGAUGUUAGCUAAUUCCCCUGCAGAGGUUUCCAUUGCCCAGCCUGCUCAGCAGAAGACGAGGAUGACCAAACUCCUAGAACCUCUUAUCAAUGAAGAAGGCACAUACUUAAAUCUGCAUAAUCACCACAUACGGACCCUAGCAGCCAAGUGUGGCUUACAGAGCCCAGCUGGCUCUCUCGCCGGUGGCCCACCCUCUUCCUACGCCGACCGGAAGCUGGACGGACCCAGAGCACCUGGACGCCGUCAGCCGCAGCACAUGCGCAGUCUGCACCCCGGCUGCGCCCUGAGAGCAGGCCCACCUGGCCUGGAAGAGGGCGUGCUCUACGCUUCCGCCUGUAAGGAGCUUUGA